CCGGAAUUGUAUGCGUUAAAAGCACUCUGAAACACUUGACAGGAUCCUGGGUAGGCUGAGUCAGUGGACAUUUGAACUCCGCUGACCGUUAGCGCUUUCGGAGCGUGAACACUACAACACAGCGCCGCGAAACAAAGCGAGACAGCUAGUCGCUCAUUUCAUAGCGCUCCAGCGCGCGCGAGCUCAUCGCCGACGACGAUGGCAACAGCGUCCAGCAGCCGCCAGAACUCUCGCUUUUCCUCCUUCAACGUAUUCAAGUUCUCCCCAAGCGCCAAGCCGCCCCCUCCACCGCCCAAGGACCCGCUCUACGCCUGCAAUCCAUCCCUUCCUUCGCUCAAUCAUUCCUUACCCCAGGACUUGUUAACUUCUCCGCAGCAGGCUCCUUUGUACUCCCAGUACUCCAAGUAUCCUCGCAGCCCAUCGCCAUCUCCGUCGCACGCGCCGAGUCGCAUGACCAUGUCCACCACUUCAUCCUCGUCUGCUGUAUCUCCGGAACCUGCAGGACUCAGGAAGAGCCUUCAGAAACUGUCCAGCUUUGGACGGCGGCCAAAGACACCCAAGUCUCCAGAGACGGAUCCUAUGGACCUACAACCUCCCGAACCAGCGGACGAUCCAUCCAUCUCGCUCCCGUGGAACUUCCAGGUACGAUGCUCGCUUUCCAACAACCGCUUGUCUCACCAGCAGUCUACAGCAUAACUUGCAUGUCGACGAAAAUUGCAACGGCAUGCCGCCGACGUGGUCAGCACGACUCGCGGAAAUGGGGCUAAACGAAGAGGAGAUAGCCACAAUACAGGCGCGUCGAGCGGCGACGCGGACGAAUGUCAAGUCGAUCUAUUCUUUCAACAAUGA